UCAGAAGCAGAGAAAGCCUUGUUGAAUACCUUGUCAUUCAUGCUUGCUUUGUCCAGCCAUCCUCAGUUGGUUUGGGUCCCUGCUGGCUGCAGGAAGGGCUGAGGCCAUUGGAUGGCUUUCAAAUUACUUCACUUAUUGAAAUCUCAUUUUUAUUCUUUUUGGAGCAUGGAGCAGUUGAAAUGCUGAGAGAACAACUGUUGGGUGGACCAGGAUCAACCUUUGGUAAAAUGAGUAUCCUUACACUUUUCCUGAUGCUGCAGAGGUAUAGCAAGAUAAACCUGAGCUACAACAAGUUGACGGAGAUUGAUCCUUCUGCCUUUGCAGAGCUGUUGGACCUGGAGGAAGUGCGACUGGACAACAAUGAGCUGACCACCAUUCCCUCCCUGGGACCCGCUGCUUCCAGCGUCCAAUCCCUCCACCUGCAUCACAACAGGAUCCGCAGCAUUGAAGCAAGUCAGCUGAAGCCCUACGUUUCCCUGGAAACGUUGGACCUGAGUUUCAAUGACAUCACAGAAAUCCGAAACGGCUGCUUUCCACAGGGACUUCACAUAAAGGAGCUGUACCUGGGGAGCAACAGAAUCAGCACCCUGGAGCCUGGUGCUUUUGAUAGUCUGUCACGGUCCCUGCUAACACUUCGUCUGAGUAAAAACAGGAUCACUCAGCUUCCUGUCAAGGCAUUCAGGCUACCCAGGCUAAUACAACUGGAGCUGAACCGGAAUCGCAUCCGCCUGAUCGAAGGCCUGACGUUCCAGGGACUGGACAGCUUGGAAGUCCUGAAACUCCAGCGCAACAACAUAAGCAAGUUGACUGAUGGGGCUUUCUGGGGUCUAGCCAAGAUGCAAGUUCUCCACCUGGAGUAUAACAGCCUGACAGAAGUAAACAGUGGCUCUCUCUAUGGCCUUUCAUCUCUGCACCAGCUUCACCUCAGUAACAACUCCAUAUCCCGCAUCAACCCCGAUGGAUGGAGCUUCUGUCAGAAGCUGCACGAGCUAAUACUCUCUUACAACAACCUCACCAGGCUGGAUGAGGGAAGCUUGGCAGACCUUGGGGGACUGCACGUGCUACGACUGAGCCACAAUUCCAUCAAUCACAUUGCUGAAGGUGCUUUCAAGGGACUCAAAAACCUGCGUGUCCUGGAACUGGACCACAAUGACAUCUCGGGCACAAUAGAAGAUACCAACGGAGCCUUUACAGGCCUAGAAAACCUGAGCAAACUAACUCUGUUUGGAAACAAGAUCAAGUCCGUGGCCAAGAAAGCGUUCUCAGGGUUGGAGGCCCUGGAGCACCUGAACCUCGGGGAUAAUGCCAUCCGCUCCAUUCAAGCAGAUGCCUUUGCCAAGAUGAAGAGCCUGCGGCAGCUCCACAUAAACAGCGACAGCUUCCUCUGCGAUUGCCAGCUGAAAUGGUUGCCCCAGUGGUUAGUGGAGAAGGAGCUGCAAUCCUUUGUGGUGGCCACCUGCGCCCAUCCUGAGUCACUGAAAAGCAAGAGCAUUUUUGCCAUCCUGCCAGAAAGUUUUGUGUGUGAUGACUUCCCCAAGCCACAGAUCAUCAUCCAGCCCGAGACAACAGUGGCUGUCCUUGGGAAGGACAUCCGAUUCACUUGCUCGGCCGCCAGCAGUAGCAGCUCCCCCAUGAUGUUUGCAUGGAAGAAAGACAACGAGAUGCUGUACAACGCUGAGAUCGAGAACUUUGCCCACGUGCGGGCAAAGGAUGGCGAGGUGAUGGAGUACACCACCAUCCUGCACCUCCGCCACGUCACCUUUGCCCACGAGGGGCGUUACCAGUGUAUCAUCACCAACCACUUUGGCUCUACGUACUCCAACAAGGCCCGACUCACUGUUAAUGUGCUGCCCUCAUUUAUCAAAACUCCCCACGACAUCACGAGCCGCACGGGGACCACGGCCCGGCUGGAGUGCGCGGCCGAAGGACACCCCACGCCGCAGAUCGCCUGGCAGAAGGAUGGGGGCACGGACUUCCCCGCGGCCCGCGAGCGCCGCAUGCACGUCAUGCCUGACGACGAUGUCUUCUUCAUCACGGACGUGAAGAUAGAAGACAUGGGUGUCUACAGCUGCACGGCACAGAACUCUGCAGGCUCUGUGCUUGCCAACGCCACCCUCACUGUACUGGAGACACCAUCUUUGAUUCAUCCACUGGAAGACCAUGUGGUGUCUGUAGGUGAGACUGUGGCUCUUCAGUGCAAAGCCACAGGGAGCCCACCUCCCCGCAUUACCUGGCUGAAAGGUGACCAGCCCUUGGUUGUGACAGAAAGGCAUCACUUCACCUCUGGCAACCAGCUGCUGAUCGUGAGGAAUGUUGUCUUGGAAGAUGCUGGGAAGUAUACCUGUGAGAUGUCCAACACACUGGGGACCGAGCGCGCUCACAGCCAUGUGAGCAUCCUGCAGUCUCUGGGCUGUAGGAAGGACCGCACCACUGUGGGGAUCAUCACCAUUGCUGUGGUGUGCAGCAUCGUGCUGACAUCUCUGGUCUGGGUUUGCAUCAUCUACCAAACCAGGAAGAAGAGUGAAGAAUACAGUGUCACCAACACAGAUGAGACUAUUGUGCCUCCUGACGUGCCAAGCUACUUGUCUUCACAAGGGACUCUUUCUGACCGGCAGGAAGCGGUCAUCAGAGUCGAUAACCAACAGCCCAACGGGCACGUCGACAGCAACGAUGGUUCGUUUGUUACAGGUAUGUGUCAGACCGAUGCUGGAAGGUGUCCAGAUGUUGAAGCUCCUGCUGUAGGUUGCAGACAGCCAAAGCUGUGCAUCGGCUAUAAUAAAGACACUUGGAAAACCGAAGACAUGGCUGAUGGAAUCCUUGUUCCAGAUAAGACAGGCUAUGGGCUGCCCGUUGUGUGCACGGACUGCAGCGGCAGCACAGACAGCACCAAUGUCCACAUUUACCCCAAGGAGGCUGAGUACUACUCCGAGAGCCUUAAGACUCUGGAGAGCACCUGCCCAAACGCACUGAGCAGCAAGGAGCGCAAUAGGAAGCGGGGUGCAGGCACCAGCCUUCUUCAUCCUCAGCCGUGCAACGGGAUUGCCAGUGGCAAGAGGAUGGACACAGACGGGACCCUCUACCCCAGCAACCACGAUAGAAUAAGACCUGUGAGCACCACCAGCCCGCUGCUUGGAGACAAACAGGGCUCUUCACAAGCAGCAGCAAAGCUUUCAGAGCUCAACAACCUUAACUUGGUGAGGGCUUCCCCAGCAGGAGGGUCACUAAAGCAACUGAACGUGCUUCCGGAGAUCCCCCCAACACUACUGGAUUUGCAGAGCGAAGCAGGAGUGAACCAGCCCCUCCUGUCCAACGGCGACGCACCCGAGCCCUGCGACUCCCAUCCUGAGCUGAAGCCACCCCAUAGAGCGCUGGACUGAGAGGACACAGAUUAACACACACACUAGUUUAUUAUUUUUCCCUUUUUUAAUAUUUCUUUUGCACAGAGUAUAGAGGCUACUACCUCAAAUCUUGAACUGAUGACCUGUCAGAGGCAAACAAACACCUGAGGUAUGAGAAACAAGCUUGUAUGGGGAACAAACUCCUGUUCGAGCGUCAUCUGUUUGUACAUAGUUUAAAACUUCCCUGAGAAGUAUGAAGUGUUCAAAAGUUGACUUGCAUAUGAAGCACAUAAAUGCAAGGGAUUAUUGUGUAAAGAGAAAAGUAUUUGAUACAGUUGUACAUAAGAGUUUUCAUAUAUAAAUAUAUAUAUAUAAAUAUAUAUAUAUAUAUCUUUUACAGAGGCUAUUUUAAUCUUUAGUGCAUGGAAAACUGAGUGAAAAUUUACCAUUUUGGCAAUAUUGUUUUCAAUAUCAGGUUGCUGUUAAAACUUUGUGAGAGAAAAUAAUUCUGGUGCCUUAAAUGCAUAAGCAGAACUGUUCCAAAGGGAUUGCCCUCUUUUCAAUGGAAGUUCCUUUAAGUCAUGUUAUCAAUUGGGUUAACUUAGCACAAAUUUCCUUCCCCUCUGAAAUUUAUUGCACUUACAUUUAGAAUGGAGAUUUUCAACUGUUUCAAAUGAAGUUUCUAGGGAAAAAAAUGUGUGGUGAGGGAUUACAUAGCAACCUGAUGUAGUCCUGGUGGUGGAAGAAGUUAAAUUCCAUUUUUGUUUUCCAAACAGCAGAGAAAUUAAGUGUUUGAACUGUGACGUUUGAGCAGACCACACAAGAGGCACUAAAUAAUCCACCAACAGCGCAGAGCCCCAAAACAACCAAGCAAAGGCAUUUGUGACUGGAGAGCACCAGCACAAAAGCAGUAACGCACAGAGUAAAUGUGGGGUGGUCACAGGCACUGCACUGCUCAAAGCACCUCGCAGCAGAGGCGUUAUCUGCCCCUAAUACACUGGGCACCUCCAGCCCUAACACAGCCACUUCCCUUUGCAGCUGGACACAGCUUUGCCUCUGGAAGGUACAUGGAAUGAUGGAGCUUGGCCCUGUUUGGAAGGAAGAGCCUGUGCCAGUAAAUGCAUUUUCACACCCAAAAGAAAUCCAUCUGUUCUGGAGGGGGUUUGAAACCAUAGAGCUGUUUUGACAACAAAGCUAAACUCACGCUCCUGAGCUGACAGCUGUACCCUUAAUUCAUCUGAUACUUCUCUUUCCUGCAACACAAUAUUACAUUUUCUCAUUGAACACCAUUAACCCAACCCGCAGCCAGACUCCCUAUAUGAAAAUAUCCGCUUCAAAUGAAUUAGGCUGCCUUGUGUAGCAGCCCUGGCCUGCUCAGAAAUACACUCAUUCAGAAGGGAAACUGUAUAGUUAUGGUUGAAAGGGCUCUGUUAAAUGGCAGUGUCCCAAGUAUUUUUAUGUGGUCUUUUAAGUCUGUCCGUGAAUAGGGGGGAAAAAAGAACUACCCGCAUUGGUCACACAGAUCUUUGUCACUUCUGACUUCAGGAUGACGCUCUGUACUUACAGAAAGGCUGCUCUCUGUUGGUACCCGUGGAUGGAGAACUCCCAGUUAUUUGUAAUUUGAGUUCUGCUAACAUAAGGUUGCUAACUCUGGUGAUGACUACUUUGGGGGAAGGUUUAUUAGUGGGGGGUGUUACUACUUUUUCCCUUAGGAACAACUCAAACACCAGUUCCACUGAAGCCAAGUGGUGGAAAUCCACCUCUGCUAGUUUGGUGAAGCUCAAAACAGGCAUCAUAGGUAAGGGCAGAUACAUUUCAUUUGCUGUUCAGUUCCAUCACUUUCAGCUCUGCCUGUGCUGGUGGAUUCAGUGUGGACCAGCUGAACCUGACCUUGAGGCAGCGAGGCAUAACUCAGCCAGGUACCUGUCUUUAUCAGUCCCUGACUAUUGACAUGUUUGCACUUUGGGGCAGGUGGCUGAUGAUGGUGAGUGCCAAGUUGAUUCAAAGCAAAGGAAAUGGAUGUUUGGGAAUUACGAACCCAGCAUCAUUUCCCCUUUACCAGAGGGCAAACUGCGCUGCGGAGCCCACUUGCAAGGUGCAAACAUUGGGAAUGAUUGGGAAAGAUGGGAAUGAUUUACUGAGCUCGUUUUGCUGGUGGAAAUGUCAUCACCAUUGCAGAUACCAAGCAUAUUUGUCACAUUAACAUUGGAAAGUAAUGUUUCUGAAUCAAGUUAACUGCCUAAUUUUCUGACUUCCACUAAAUAUGUGAAUUUGCUGCUUCUAAGAGGCAAUGUGAAAGAGGAAGUAUUACUUUUGUGUACAAAGUUAUUUAUUUAUUAGAAAAAUUUGGUACAAUGUUGUACAUUGACAAACAUGUAAGAUAUUGAAGUGUCUAACAAAUGGCAUUGAAGUGUCUUUAAUAAAGGUUCAUUUAUAAUAUUACAGCUGUUUGGUUGAGAGUGAGCAUUUGGGAGUUUGGGUUGAAAAUACAAUAAAAGUCUAAUCUGUUGCUAUA